ACGCGCGCGUGACUAUACAUUCAGCCUAGUUUUGUUACAAAAAAUAUUUAUUGUUAUCUGUGGAGCGAUUGUACCUUAAUUUUUAAAUCAAAAUUAAUUUGAUUUGUUUAGUGUAUUGUUACAAUUAAAAUGGACAAUAAGUGAGAAUUUUAAGUGUUGUGUGUUGUUGAAAUUCUUAUUUGCCGGUAAUAUUCAGAUGGCUAAACAAGAAUGUAUCACCGCGGGAGGAAGAAAAUGAGGCAAUUCAUCAUCAGCACUCUCCUCGUGCUGAGCUGUCCAGCAUUCUCCCACACCAAGUCCAUCGUCUCCACGCAGACACCCACCAAGUAUGGAGAGGACAACCUUGAUAACAGCAUCAUCGACUUCGAUGAGGAGUUCUCACUCAAGUACAAUAAGAAAUAUGGGAUGAUCCCAUGGAACUCCAAUGAAAACUUCAACAAAGAAUCACAUAGAUAUACAAUAGUUAAGGACUUUGAUAAGAAAGUAGAUAAUAAUAGAAAUAGAACUGAAACCAAAUUAGACAUAACGUCUACCACAGAUUAUAGUGUCAUACCAUUAGAACUGUUAAGUACAACAGAGAAUGCUUUUGUAAGUAUAUUUGAGAGUACAAUCGAGCCAGACUUGACGGUGAUACCGCUGUCUACCACGAGGAAGACACCCAAACUAAUCAUCGAACAAACGGUAACGUUACCGAGUUCGACACCGGAAACAGAAACAUCAACGUAUUUCAGUGACGAUGAAACAACCACAGUUACUGAUAGUCCCGUCACAGAGCGAUAUACAAACAAACAAGCAGAUUUGGAAACAACAACAGCAACAUACGAUACUACUACUGACGUCACUGAAUUGAGCACUGUCUCACCUGCCACGAAUGCUACUGAAGCAAAUUUGGAAACUUCAACAGUAACCGUGUCUAACACAACAGUACGAGUAAAUUUAAGCAGAGUCGACUUCGGUUCUGAUGAGGAAGAUUCAGACGUUCCAAUCUUUACAGAACUGGAUACAGAAGUGCAGGAAGAAGUACCAGAAGAUUAUUAUGAUGCUAAGGACGUGGUGCCAACGACUGUGCCAAAGACUGAUGCAUUGUCAGUGAUUUUUGGGCUUGCUGGUAGUGUGGUGGAGAGUGUAGUGGAGAGUGUGGCUGAGAGAGUGGUGCCCAAGGGUAUAGUGGACCUAUUCAAGAGGAUGCAGAGGCAGAGUGAAAUGUUGGAGGCAGAGAGGCUUAGGAGUCGAGAGGAAAAUGGUGGUAUUGGUCAAUUUGGACGUGGGAUCCUGAAGACCAUCUCCUCCAGCAUCAGCAAGCCGCUCAACCAGUUGAUGGCAGGAGCUCGAGAUAUUGGUUCAUUGGACAACGACCGAGGAUUCGUUUCCAGCUUGGCCUCAGGAGUCACCAGCGUGGCCAACGUCGCCAACUCCUUGGUAGACUCCUUUAAAGAUCGGGUGCAGGCUAUUUAUCCAGGAACGGUAUGGUGUGGAGAUGGUCGCUCAGCCACGGCUCGCUCCAGUGACCUGGGGCUGUUCUUCUUCACCGACACCUGCUGCCGCCAGCACGAUGCCUGCAAGCUGUACAUCAAGGCUGGAGAGUCCAAAUAUGGAUUGACCAAUACUGGACUGUUUACAAGGUCUCACUGCAGCUGCGAUGCAAAGUUUCGUGACUGUCUCCGGCGCACCAACUCCUUGGUAUCAGCACAGAUCGGAGUCACAUACUUCAACAUCCUCGGGCCGCAGUGCUUCAGGAAUGCGCACCCUAUUGUCAAGUGUGUUAGGAAGACCAGGAUAACAGGUCAAAGAUGUGAAGAGUACGAGCUGGACUACACGAAGCCAAGAAUGUGGCAGUGGUUCGACAACGAAACCUUCUGAUCCCGGUCUCACGAAGACAAGAAGUUACCACCUUAUUUCAGUAUAUUGGAGAAGACCUAAGUUCUUAAUAGACUGGAGAAGUCUUAAGGUCUCAGUAGACCGGAGAUGAUUUAACUUUUCAGUAGACCGGAAAAGAUCUUCUCAUUAGACUAGAGAAGACCGCCUUCUGCAUACUAUGGACACGAUAAUAAUGUCAAAGAUCUGAUAUCUUUCGAAAAAGAUAUUGUGUCAUCUUUUGUGGAAAGAUGACGUCCAGUUUUUAAAUAUAGUUGGACGUUUAGUUAGUAUG